CUGCGUCAGGGCCGGGCGGGGGCGGGGCCGCCGUCAGCUGACUGAGGCGGCUGCGGCCUCGGGGGACCGCGGUCGGGUAGCGUCUCUGUCAGCUGUUGGUUUGCUAGACGCGGGGCCGGCCGAACCAUGGCGACCACCGUCAGCACGCAGCGCGGGCCGGUGUACAUCGGAGAGCUGCCCCAGGACUUCCUGCGCAUCACGCCCACGCAGCAGCAGCAGCAGAUCCAGCUGGACGCACAGGCCGCGCAGCAGCUGCAGUAUGGAGGGGCGCUGGGCACCGUGGGCCGCCUCAGCGUCACCGUGGUGCAGGCCAAGCUGGCGAAGAACUAUGGCAUGACCCGCAUGGACCCCUACUGCCGCCUGCGUCUGGGCUACGCCGUGUACGAGACGCCCACGGCCCAUAAUGGCGCCAAGAACCCGCGCUGGAACAAGGUCAUCCAGUGCACCGUGCCCCCGGGUGUGGACUCCUUCUACCUGGAGAUCUUCGAUGAGCGAGCUUUCUCCAUGGACGACCGCAUCGCCUGGACACACGUGACGAUCCCCGAGGCUCUGAAGCAGGGCAAGGUGGUGGACGAGUGGUACAGCCUGAGUGGGCGGCAGGGCGACGACAAGGAGGGCAUGAUCAACCUGGUGCUGUCCUACACGUCGCUGCCGGCUGCCAUGAUGGUGCCACCUCAGCCUGUGGUCCUGAUGCCCACCGUGUACCAGCAGGGCGUGGGCUACGUGCCCAUUGCAGGGAUGCCUGCCGUGUGCAGCCCCGGCGUGGUGCCUGUGGCGCUGCCCCCGGCCGUGAGCGCCCAGCCCCGCUGCAGCGAGGAGGACCUGAAGGCCAUCCAGGACAUGUUUCCCAACAUGGACCGGGAGGUGAUCCGCUCCGUGCUGGAGGCCCAGCGGGGCAGCAAGGACGCAGCCAUCAACUCCCUGCUCCAGAUGGGCGAGGAGUCGUAGACACGCCUGCCGUCUCGCUGCCUGCCCACCCAGCUCCCCAGAGCACCAUCCCCAGCAGAUCCCUGUGAACGCGCCCCGCAUAGCCCUUCCUCAGACGUCUGUGUAGCCCAGUCCACGCCCUCGUGUGGGAUGCAUGUGGUUUUGGUUCUUGCAGCCGUUCUGGACGUGGUCGGGGCGGGUGGGGUGGCUCUCCUCCCGCCUCCCGUCAGAGGGUGGAGGCGGCGCGUCCCGUGCGCACACCCACUUCCUGCCGCCCGUCCUCCCAGGGUGCUCUCCUGGGAGCAGCGCCCCCUCUGGGUUGACGGGUGGGGUCUUGUGAUGCUGCCUGGCUGGGUAGACCCACUAACGUGAGGCCGAGAAUCCCCUAACAGCUGCUGUGGGUCAGGUUAGGACUUUCAGACGGGAAACUCGUCUCCUCCCCGUGGUGGUCUUCGUGGGCCUCUCGCUGGGGCCGGGCAGACCUCGCCGCGGGGCCCAGCCUGUGUGCGGAGCCCUGGCCCAGCCUGGCGUCUGCAGCCACAUCCUGAUCCUGCGGCCCCGCGUCUUUCCUGCUGCCUCGCCCCUCUGUGCCAUGUUGUCCCAAGGGGUCGCCGCCCCCCCCCAGACAUGCUCUGGCCGCAGAGCUCAGUGAGGUGGGGUGUUGGAAGCAGACCCCGUCCUUGUCCUUGUCUGUCGAAGGGCCUCUAGGCACUCGGCUCACUGCCGACCUCAUGUGGGAAGCCCUGGGCCCCAGGCUGGGUCAGUGUGGUGACCGCUGGCACUGGGAGGUCUUCCUGAGAGGCAGGAGGUGCCCCGUGGUGUGCACCCUGGCAUUGCGUCUGGCUGUGGACACCGAGGAUGGGGACAGGCUGGGUGGCGCCCAUGGGAGUGAGAACACUGAGCGCGCUCUGACGGGGUCAUUGGCAGUCAGCCGUAGUCGCCGCUCUGUCUGGAGGCCUUUCCCAGUCUCGGGACGUGGAGACGGACCGGCGGUCACCCGAGGUGGCGAGGACUGACUGCAGUCCUGUCCUCCACGUAGGCUUAGUGUGAUGCCAGCCAGCGACGCUGCGCUCUGCCUCCCGGGCCGGCGGGCGAGCUGACCAGGCUCCUCCCGUGAUGGCCUGGGGGCGGGAGGCCUGCGAGAGGGGGUUCAGACCACCGGUGCCUUUGCCGCAGGCUCUCUGUAGAUGCGUGAGACCAACGAUUGUGCAGCCACAGACCCGAGUGCAGCGCGGUGACCACUUGCAGCACGGCUCCAAACGCCGGACCCCAGCCCCAGGCGCCCACCCAGUGGUCCCACACCACCCACGUCACUGCCUCCCCCGCCUGGGCCUCUGAGGAUAGGAGUCUUGGCUUCAGGGCGGCUGCAGAUCUGCCAGCUCUCGGGGUCCUUUCUCGUGGACGCCUGCUGCUUCACUGGGUCAGAGGAGGCUGCGUCUGUGGGGCCUCAAGACGUCCGACGGCCCUGCUGUCCCCGCUGCUCUGCUCACGUCCGUGCUCACGUCCAGGCCGCCCCUUGGGAGGCACUCAGCGCGGCGCCCGUGGCUGCCGGGCCCAGGACUGGGGCGCCUCGCGGGUCAUUGCUGCUCAGUGUCGGAGAGAGGCGUGUCUAGUGGGCUCCCCACCCCACCCCCGUUUGAGGAGCCGUGCUGGGUGUUUGCAGAAACAGUCCUUGGAGCUUUGCGUUUCAGAUCAUUCUGUUGGGGUCCAGGGUCCACAUUCCUCUUCGAUUGUAAGAUAUGUUUGUACCUUUCAGCCUUCUAACUUAAUAAAUGGUCUAUGUAAAAACA